CAUAACUUCAAAUCCAUGCUUCAUUCAUUAUCUUCCGUUUUCUCUCUUUUCAGACACAGAUCCAUAGCCAUUUAUCUCCUUCCGUUUGCUUCAAGUAAUCACUUAUCAUCACUUCCAGAGCCAACCCAUUUGAGAUCUUUCAUAAAUUUCCAUAAUUUGUCUUCUGGGUAUCUGGGUCAAUACCCCCUUUAUCAACGAUUUACGCUACAACACUCGAUGGCAAGUCAAUCUUCUGCUCAAUCCAAAUCAGUGUACGACUUCGUUGUCAAGGAUGCGCGUGGAAAUGAUGUUGAUCUUAGCACUUACAAAGGGAAGGUGCUGUUAAUCGUCAAUGUUGCAUCACAAUGUGGUCUUACCAAUUCAAACUACCCGGAGUUGACUGCACUGUAUGGAAAGUACAAGGACAAAGGUUUUGAGGUCUUGGCAUUUCCAUGUAACCAGUUUGGCAACCAAGAGCCAGGGAGCAAUGAGGAGAUCGUGGAAUUUGCAUGCACUCGUUUCAAGGCUGAAUACCCCAUUUUUAACAAGGUCGAAGUGAAUGGUAGUAAUGCCGCUCCACUCUACAAGUUCUUGAAAUCAAGCAAAGGCGGGCUUUUGGGAGAUGGAAUAAAAUGGAAUUUUACCAAGUUUCUCGUUGACAAAGAGGGAAAUGUUGUUGAUCGCUAUGCACCAACUACGUCCCCAUCGAGCAUCGAGAAGGACAUAAAGAAACUGCUGGGCAUCUCAUAAAGGGCUGGCUUAGCAGGCAUGUUGGCUAAGAUAUGAUUCCAUAUGAAUAAGGGUGGUGAUCAUGAACAUCAUCCUCUGUAUUUCAUCCGCUUCUUUACAUGCAGUCAGCGGUAUUAUAGUUUUUUAUGUAUACUUGUCUGGUAUUGUGCUUUGUUUGUCAGAUUUGUGUCAUGUUAUACUGUAAACUUUGCUUGAUGUUUAUUACGCUACACAGUUAAAAAAAAAAGGGUUUAUGAUUACCCCAAUAAAUCCUCACUCCAGGUAGUGCUGUAUAGCACAUUAGCUACCCCACCUUCCUUUUCAAUACUCAUUUUGUCUCUGGUUGUAUUUGGCUACUUAACUCCUCUUUAUCAUGUUGGUGUAUAAGUUGUCAAUUUUAACAAAUGAGUAUAAAAAUUAGGUUCAUGUAACAAAUUUUACAUAUAAACUUAGCUUCGUUUGUUCAUUAAUCUCUUCUUUCUUGUAGGAGGGAUGUAUAUGGCAAAAUGUGGCUUUUUCUCCA